GAAUCUUUCCCCAAACUCCAAUGAGGAAGUUCCUGCCUGUCAAACUGAAAGUCUCUUUUUGUCGAAACAUUGUGUACUGUACGUUCGGUUUGAGGAAUUUCUAAAUCUCCAUGAAGAAGCAGUUCCUAGUCCUGCCUCUUUAUCUCGUAGUCAAUAUUAAACGCUCCUGAGAUCUGUUUCCUCCUCAUGUCUUGUUUAUAGUGGCACUAAGAAGAAACUGUAAAAAGGAUAGACAACAAUGACGACAAGUACAGAAAACCAUCUUUGGUCGACUGAAGAUAUUCUCGGUCAGGGUGCAACUGCGAGUGUCUUUAAAGCACGAACCAAAAAAACAAGUGAAGUGGUUGCGGUGAAGGUGUUUAACAUGGCCAGCUACAGCAGACCAUAUGAGGUACAGAUGAGGGAGUUUGAGUUGCUGCGGAGGCUGAAUCACGUCAACAUCGUCAAACUCCUUAGCAUAGAGGAGAUCCAGGCGAACCCCAAACAGAAGGUUUUGGUAAUGGAGUAUUGUUCAGGAGGAAGUCUGCUGAAUCAGCUAGAGGAACCUGAAAACGCAUUCGGACUCCCUGAAUCUGAAAUCCUUAUAGUGCUGCAGUGUGUAGCUCAAGGAAUGAACCAUUUGCGUAAGAAUGGUGUGAUCCACCGAGACAUCAAGCCAGGCAACAUUUUGAGGCAGGUGGGGGAGGACGGCGGCUCGGUCUACAAACUCACAGACUUCGGAGCCGCUCGGGAACUCGAGGACGAUGAGAAGUUUGUGUCUAUCUAUGGCACGGAGGAAUACCUGCACCCAGACAUGUAUGAGCAUGCAGUUUUGAGGAAGCCUCAGCAGAAGGCCUACGGAGUGACGGUGGAUCUGUGGAGCAUUGGUGUUACUUUUUACCAUAUCACGACCGGCAGCCUACCUUUCAUACCAUACGGAGGACCACGAAGGAACAAACAGAUAAUGUACAAGAUCACCACAGAAAAGCCAAAUGGUGCUAUUGCAGGGGUCCAGAAGGUAGACAAUGGACCUAUAGAGUGGAGCUUUGGUCUUCCCCACUCCUGCCAGGUUUCAGAGGGUCUGAAAAUGCACCUGGUCCCAGUGCUGGCCAACAUCCUGGAGGCCAAUCAGGAGAAAUGCUGGGAGUUUGACCAGUUCUUUGCUGCUACAAUGGACAUUCUCCAACGUGUAAAAGUGCACGUCUUCUCGCUUCAGCAAGCCACUGCCCACACCAUCUACAUCCACUUUUACAACACAGUUUCAGUCUUUUUUGAAGAAGUCCAGGCUCAGACAGGGAUUGGAGCAGAAAUGCAGCAGUAUCUGUUCCAGGGUCACUUGCUCAUCCUGGAGCCCAGCAUGAAAGUGAUCAACCUGCCUCCCACCUCUGCAGAGCGACCCAUGUUUCUGCUCAGCAGACGAGCCGAGAAAAUCGCGGCCCUGCCUCCUAGAGAGCCCGAGACCCCGGCUUUACCUUCGAGAUUUGACAUCGUGGCCGACCACGCUUUCACAAAGAACCUAGUCGGAGUUAUUCACCAAUUUCUCUGGACGACUCGACUCCUACACAAGCACAUAGACCUGAUACUGCAGGGAUUCUACGGUUACAUUGAAAUUGUUCGGACUGAAUGCAAUACCACGACACACAACAUUGCAUUGGUGAAUAUGAAGCUUCUGUCCUGCCUGAACACAGAAGAAACACUGGAUGCACUAACCCAGGUUCCAGUGGAUGUUCCAAUUUCUUCUGGUAACAUGCAGAAACUCAGAUUGAUCCAUGAAAAACUACCUGUGUAUGGCAACGGCCUCAGAGAAAUCCAGAACAAACUGCAAAAUCUUCAUCUGGAAAUAGCCAAACACUCCAAGACACAGUCUCAGGACAGAUGCAUACAAAAGAUGGAGGUGCUUCUCGAGAAGAUUUCGGCUGUACAUCGGCAGUACCGCAAAGACAAACAUAUCGGCAAGCUCAACUACAACGAUGAGCAGAUUCACAAGUUUGAAAAGAUUAACCUGUCAGUCUACAUAAAGAAGGUGAAGGCUCUGUUUCGAGACGAAUGCCUCCAGAGGUAUCAGGAGGUUUUGGCAGCAGUGGUGACAUGGAGCAGUGUACUCUCUGACAUCCAGUCGAAGUUAGAGCACUUCAGCAGUUUCUUCUUACAGCUAAUAGGAGAUCUGCAGAUGUGUGAGGGAGAGCAGACAAAGGUUUUGGACAGAGCGUUGGUCAUAGCACUUCAGAGACCAGCUGGAGCAGGAGCCAAUGAUGGAAUGAAGAAUCAAGACAAUAUGAUCCUUAGAAUGAAAAGAUUAAGGGAUGAAAUGGAAAAAGUGGCUCGAGAGCUGCAAAACAACAACCAGAUAAUAGAAAGUCUCAGGGCUUUCAACUCUACGCUGGUGCUCGAGCCUAAUUUACCACAGCAACAAGGAUCAUGAUGUUCCUUGGAAAAGGGGAUGCACUCAGGAAUAAAGAAACAGGUGACAGAAAUACAAGAUUUCUUUAACCUGCUGUGGAAAGGAUUAUGGGCCGCUGACUCUCUGGAGAUGCUCGCAUCAAGGAGUGGGUCUCAAUUAACUCCCAAGCUCCCUAGGUCAUGAAUAUAUACAUGAUAUACAUGGCUUGGGGCACUGGUAAGGACUCUGGUUCACUACACAUUGGGACACAGAUGACUCAACUUUUUAUGUUGUUUAAAGUAGUUUAUGUAUUUAAAAAAAGACUAUAUUUUAUUUCGUCAUAUAUCCUUACAACAUUUUGAGGUAGAAGAUUUUUUUUUUUAAUCUUUAAACGGUUAUACAUUAUACAGUAGAAUUUCAAAUGAAGUUAAAACCAAGUUAUUGCAAGCUACAACAACAAUACGUUACUUAAAUUUGUAGAUAAAGUUGGCCGAGAAAUUGUUAAUCAUUACCUCAAGCUGAGAAACUUCAGACAACAGGAUGUCAUUUCCAUUAAGGGAACAUAGCGAGUGUAGAUGCUCCCUGUUCUUUGCUGUGAAUUGUGGGAUGUGAUUGAAACAGCUCUUGAAAUGGUGAAUUAGCCCACAAGAACACCUCACUGUUUAUGUGUGCAUUUGUGCAAAUGUCUGUCCAGUCUUAUCAUCACCAUUGUUAUUAUUAUUAUUAUUAUUAUUAUUAUUAUUAUUAUUAUCAUUAUUAUUAUUAGUAGUAGUUAUUAGUAUUAACCAAAAAUAUGAUGUCAUAAUUUAGAGCCUGUUUCGCUUGUCCAAAUCUUGUAAAUAAUUCAAAUAAAAGUGCCAACCAUAUGAAUAAAGGUGACUGGAAAUGAA